GGCCGUCACAUGGGGCAGUGGGGCUGGCGUCCCCUUGCCUUGCGCCAAUCUGCAACACGACCCCAUUCCAAUUUUUUCGCCCCACAUUGAAUAUCCGACGCGACCCCACCCUCCCGAAACUCUUUCUCCGUCGCUAUUCAUCCUCAAUUUGCCUUUCCAUAUCCAUGUCUUUCUUUGAUUAUUUAAACGUACGCGUAUGUGUCUAUAAUCGUGUUUCUAGUACAGAGCACAUGGCGCGACUUCCUUGGUCAGCCCCAUCUGUAAAGUUUUUAAUGCUCACGAGAUUAGUGCUUUUAGCCAUGAGACGUGGCAGAUCUGAGGACUCGGCAGAUGGAUGAGGAGGCUCCUUCUUCGGAGGGUUGCUUGGUUGAUGGGGAAGCGGUGGAUUUAUUGGAGGAGUAUUGGUUCUUCGGCAACCUGCUCCAUAGGAGGAACAACAACAAGAGCGCCGUCAUGUCCAGAUGCUUCGCUGAUCCUUGCCCUUCGGUCGGUGAUCGCGCCCGCGAGACGUUAGCCGGGAACCGGCAGUCGGAAGACUCGAGUCCUCCUUCGCCGAGGAAGAUGGAGUUGGAAGGCAUUGCUGUAGGCGAUUCCUUUCAGGCUCCGUCGGUCCUGUGCGAAGAAGCGGAGCAAGUGCAUGUCGAUGAUGGGACUCCUGAAGAAGUGCGGGUCUCAGCUGAGUUGCCACCUUCAAGCAAGAAGGCAGUCGAGAACUGGCAGCCGAACAACUCGAGUUCUCCUUUGCAGAGGAAGAUGAAUUCAGAAGGCAUUGGUCAUGUUCGAGCCGAUUCCUUUCGGGCUCCAUCGGUCUCGUGCGAAGAAGCGAGAGAAGAAGCGGAACAGGUGCAGGUCGAUGAUGGGACUCCUGAAGAUGUGCGGGCCUCAGCCGAGUUGCCGCCUUCAAGCAAGAAAGGAGUUCAAGAGGGGAAAUGUGGUCUGAAGGAAGGCGGGAUGGACAAGCACAAGCAGUCACCGCGCCCUGUUCUUCUCAGGGCGCCGUCUCUACCGCCUUGUAUAGGAAGAGAAAAGGGAUUCGAAGGAAGAGAGAAUUUUCCUAGGAUGACCAAACCGAGUAGGCAAGCCUCUCUUAACUUAUCCGAGUUCUUGCCGCCGCGGCACACUCCGAAGGGAAUGACGCAGAGUGCGAGCAUGUCGAAAUACCGAUCGCCGAAAUCUACAGAUGCUGAAAAAAGUGCCAUAGCUUUUAACAAGGAGAUGAGGCGAAGGUACCUAACCAAGAGCAACUCAAGGAAGAGCCUGAGUGAUCUCGAAGAUGAAGAAGUGCAAGGCUUCAAGGAAUUGGGUUUUUCAUUUGACGAGAAGCACUUGGAUCCGAAUCUCGUCAACAUACUUCCCGGUUUGCAAGGGAAGACCCAGGAGAAUGAGGAUGGCAACGGGGAUGAAGGGCCUUAUCUUUCUGAAGAGUGGCUCGCACAAAGCUAUGCUCCUGCAUUCCCAAAGUGGAACGCCAAGGGUGGUUCGCCGGAAGAUAUGAAAGCUCAGAUCAAGUAUUGGGCCAGAGUUGUGGCGUCGAACAUGCGUCAAGAAUGCUGAAACUGAAUACACAAAUUAGCUGCUAAUUCGAUACUAAUGUGAUCGUGAUGAAGAUUCAGAUUGAUUAUUUGUUUUCCCCCGUUAAUAUUACUAAUUCCUAGGACCUUUUAUUCUUUAAAAGGUCGUGAUUCUUCAUUGAUUAGCUAUUCCUAAUAAAAACUUUACAGCGUA